CCCGGUCAAUAUGGGCGCAAAAGAAGUGUUGAUUUGUCUUCCCGCAGGAAAAUCGGCGAAAAUUAUUAAAUGGAAGGUCGAAGAAGGAACUAUUGUGUACGAAGGGCGAGUAAUACUUCUUUACGAUGUAAGUACAAAUGGAGUUGAAGAAGAACACAAGAAAUUAAAGGCUACUGAAGUUGGAACUGUUCGUAAACUCUUGGUCAAGGAGGGGGAACUCGUCUCUGGUGGUGGUCCAGUACUGGAGUUGGAGCGAGGAUGUUCGCAUCCGACUGUGAUGAACGAUUUGUGCGCUGAAUGUGGAACAGACCUGAGGAAAGAAGAGCAGUCGGGUCAGUGUGCUUCGGUGCCCAUGGUUCAUUGCAUUCCCGAUCUCAAAAUCAGUGAAGAGCACGCACAGAUAAUCGGAAAAGCUGACGAAGAACGACUACUAAAAGAUAGAAAACUAGUUCUGCUAGUUGACUUGGAUCAAACGUUAAUCCACACCACAAACGAUAACAUUCCAAAUAAUCUCAAGGAUGUUUUUCAUUUUCAAUUGUACGGCCCAAAAUCUCCAUGGUAUCACACUCGAUUUCGUCCAAGGACAAACCAAUUCCUUAUGGCGAUGAGUGAAUACUACGAACUCCACAUCUGCACUUUCGGUGCCCGAAACUAUGCUCAUAUGAUUGCCAGAUUCUUGGAUCCUGAUGGGAAAUUUUUCUCCCAUAGAAUAUUGUCCAGAGACGAAUGCUUCAAUCCAAAUUCAAAGAUGGCAAACCUCAAGGCGCUUUUCCCUUGCGGAGAUAAUAUGGUGUGCAUCAUUGACGACAGAGAAGACGUUUGGAAUUUCGCGCCCAACUUGAUCCAUGUGAAGCCGUACCAUUUUUUCAGUCACACCGGAGACAUCCAUGCUCCUCCCGGGCUCUCCAAAUGUGAAAAUGAUGAGAAAGAAGGCAUCGAUUUCUCUCAAUUCGCUGAAGGAACCAAAGUAAAAUCAAAAGCUGGAAAAUUCAAAUCCAAAAAUGGUCUCAAAGAGAAAAAGAAGAAAGAAGUGAAUGAUAGUGAAUUGGAAGAAGGCGAACUAAAGUCUGCAGAUAACUCUAUUAGUGAAUCAGAGUUAGAAAACAUUGAAAAAUGUUCAAUUAGUACAAACUCAAUUACAGCACCUCCUGCCAAACCCGUAUCAGAUUCUGAAUCUACCACCGAUAAUUCCACUGCUAUUCCCAAUAGUGAUAAAGAGAAGUCCUCUGAAGAACAAUUGAAGUGUGAUGAAGCUGUGAAGAGUUCAGAUAGUUCUGCUGAUUCCAAAACCGAGGAUUCUAAUGUGGAUAAUGAAAGUACUACUGCUAUUGGAAGAAAAAGGUGGAUUCCACGGAAGGGAAAGAGGAAAAAAGUGAUGAAGAGGAAAGGGCCAGUAGUUGAUGCAAAUUCAAAAACUGACGAUGAAACUGGUAGUAUCGAAGACAUCAAGAAAGUGGAGCCUAUUGAUUCUACGGAAAGUGGUGAACCAAAUGAGAAACUUGAAGAAUCCAAAGAAUGUAAAGAACUUGAUAGUUGUAACAAAGAAGAUAAAACUGAUUCUAGAAUUGAUAGUAGUAUCAAAGAAGAUAAAACUGAUUCUACACUUGAUAAUAGUAACAAAGAAGGUGAAAAAGAUUCUAAAGAAGUCCAGAAUGGUCCAGAUGUAACUUGUAGUGAUGAGAGAUUGAAGAAAUCGGAGGAAGAUAACUUGUUAGAAGUGGAGGAAAGCGACGAUUAUCUUUUGUAUUUGGAAGAUAUUCUGAAAAAGAUACACGCCGAGUUCUACCAUUCGUACGAUUCCAAGCAGGAUGCUGAUCUGAAGCAGAUUGUGCCAACGUUGAAGGAGAAGGUUUUGGCGGGGACAAAGCUGGUUUUCAGCGGUCUGGUGCCAACUCAUGCAGCCCUAGAGCAGAGCAAAGCGUACUACAUCGCCAGAAGCCUGGGCGCCGAAGUGACCAAGGAGCUGGACAAGGAGACGACGCACCUGAUAGCGGUGAGGUCGGGAACGGCCAAGAUGAACGCCGCUAAGAAGAUGAAGCAUGUGAGGGUGGUGACUCCGGACUGGUUGUGGUCAUGCGCCGAGAGGUGGGAGCGGGUGGAAGAGCUCCUGUUUCCGGUGACUUGUGAGAAGACAAGCUCGCGUCACCCGCCACCACACUGCGUCAGUCCCACGCACGGCAUGCCCGCCCAGCGACAACGGACUCCCAGCGGUCGCUUCAUGGACACCAUCAACCCGCUCAUGUCGUUCUCGUCCGAGGACAUCGCCGACAUGGACGCCGAGGUCGAGGAUAUCUGCAACGAGUCGGAGAGUGACGGCGAGGGCGACGCCCAGGAGAGGCCCGCCAAGCGGAAAAAGUUCGAGUCCACUUUCGAAAACGACGAGUCUAGUUCGAGCUCGGCUGAUUCUCUUUCAGGGGAAAACAUCAGGGGCUGGAGCAAGAAGCGGCUGAAACCGGAAGAACCCGACAUGGAAGAGGAGGAGUCGCUGAACACGAGGUUCAGGAGGGGGGAAGAGCUUCCUAGCGACGUGGACCUGGGAGAGGACAGCGGCGCUAGUGUGGGCAGCGAGGAGCCCAUGGAUGAUAUCAGCGACGGUGACUGGAACAUGAUGGGCGCCGCCCUUGAACGAGAGUUCCUCGAGGGAGAUUGAACAGCCAAAAUGAUGGACGCUGCACUCGAGCGAGAAUUCCUUGAGAGAGAUUGAACAGCUGUGCAGUGCAGUGUACAAAGUGUACUCUAUAUAGUUGUAAUUCGUCUCAUCUCCACAAUACCUCUACGGUUUCUUUGCCAAUGCAUUCAACUCAGUGUACAAAGUGUAUUGUAGUUGUAAUUUGAUUUAUUUCAAGAAUACCUCUAGAACUCCAACCCUCAUUCAAGGCCAACUAAUAAGACAGUGUCCUAGUUGUAAUCAAUUCCUUUUCAGGAACACCUUUAAUAUUUUCAAUCCUCAUCCAAGGAUUCUUUGCCAAUAGAUUCAACUUGUAAGACAGUGUACAAAGUGUAUCCUAGUUGUAAUUCGUCUCACCUCAAUAAUACCUCUACCAUUUUUGAUCCAAUGCAUUCAACCUAUAAGACAGUGUACAAUGUGUGUCCUAGUUAUAAUUAAAUCCAUCUAUAAGAUUUUCAAUCCUCAUUCAAGGAUUCCUUGCUAAUAGAUUCAACUCAUAAGACGGUGUUAAAAGUGUACCCUAGUUGUAAUUUGUAAAAUCUCAAUAACUCCUCUACGACUUUCAAUCCUCAGCAGGUUAAUGCAUUUUGGCUGGGCAAAGGCUAAAAAUAAACUUUCUACUGGUCAUAUUUUUCAAAGUUUUUUCGAUUUGAAUACCAUCAAGCUAUCAAAAUGAAAAAGUUUUCUCAGGAAAACAUUUUUUUCGAUCAUUACUUUUUGUGAUAUGAGCCCCUAAAGUUUAAAUUUUUGGGACAGAACAUUUUAAAUUCGGUAAGAGAUUGAAAUGAGAUUUAUGAUGUUCAUGAUUAUUGAUUUACGAUCAAUGAGAUUUAGAGGAUACAUUCUUCAUGGUAUUUUUGAUUGAAUAAAACAAUUUUUUUUUCAAAUAUAUCAGUUUUUGAGAAAGUUAUUCGAUUUACAAAAAAGGACCAAAAAUAACUUUCAGUUGAGUUAUUUCUGGUAAAUUGAAUAACUUUCUCAAAAAUAGAUAUUUUCGAAAAAUGUUUGUUUUAUUUAAUCAACAAUACCAUGAAGAAUUUAUCCUCUAAAUCUCAUUGAUUAAUCUCCUACCAAAUUUGAAAUGUUCUGUCCAAAAAAAUUAAACUUUAGGCGCUCAUAUCACAAAAAGUACUGAUAGGAAAAAAAAUUUUCCUGAGAAAACUUUUUCAUUUUGAUAGCUUGAUGAUAUACAAAUCUGAAAACUUUGAAAAAUAUCACCAGUAGAAAGUUUAUUUUCAGCCUUUGCACAGCCUUAAGUUGGUUCUGUAAGUUUAGAAGCGCUCUAUUGCACAACUGUUUCAGUCAUGUAUCAUCUGCAUUCCAUUUUCUAUAUUUUAUUGAGGAACAUACAUUAUUUAUGAACUGAUGUCAAGUUUAUCUUUGAAAAUUCGAAUUACAUUAUUUAAGGUGUACAAGUGUUUUGUUUGAAUUUUUAUUGAUAGUCAAGCGUUUUUUUAUAUAGUUUCGCAAAGAUGAAUGUUUGAUGGAAGAUUGUAGUUCGUGAACAUAAAAUUUCAAGGAUAUCUUUAGCUUGAAAUCCAGCAGUCAUUCAGAAAUUGUUUUUGAAGUGACAAAACUCGAAAACACUUCUAUCCUGGAUUCUCUCUUUUAUUUGGGUCACCUAUGGUACUAGUGGAAGAGUAUCCAGUGUAGAAGUUACAACAUGUGGUCUAGAUUACUAAUUAUUUUCUCCGCUUUUAUCCUAGUAUUUUGAGGAUCCUUAAAAGUGGCGUGAGAUACUAGGUAUCUUGUUAAUAACAAAUUUCAAUGGUAACAAAACAGUUUGUUUAGACUUUUAUAGAAAUAUUACGUAUUUCUAUAAGUUGCGUAACAAUGAUUCAUUACCAAUAAUUUUAUUGUUCUGUUUGAGUUUGUUUAUAAUGUUGACUUUUUCUAUUAAAUGCAUUUUUUCUAAUCUCGAAACUUGAAGAUAUAGACUGUUGUUAAGAAGCUCUUUAAUUAUAGUACAGUACCUAUGUUUCAGUUGAUAUUAUUUAAAUCUGAAAUAAAUUUAUUGGUCACGCACACAAUUUGAUAUUUAAGUAGAAAUCUGUUUGAAAAUCCAGGAAAUAAUUUUCCAUAUUAUGUUUAUAAUAAUGUGUUCUUAUUAAUAGUCUAGUACAUGGACAUUUAGAAAUGUAUGCCACAAGCAUUUACAGACCAUUUCAGUAAAAUUCUACUUUAAUUUGCUUUGUAGACUUUUGAUUGUUGAUAGACAUCACACGUCAAUUUUAUGACCACUCCUAUUCAAUUAUGACCACUAAAAACCUAUUUAUUGUUAGCGGAAUUGCUUGUUUCUAAAAAAAAUGUUAAUUCACCAUAAAUAACUCAUUCAGUAUGUUGUACAACUCACUUUAUAAUUUAAUUGUUCAUGUUGGAAAUAGAAUGUGAUUUGCAGUCUGUGAUUAUAUUACAGUACUCCAAAAUCAUGAAAAAUGUAGGCUAAACUCAUAGUUUGAAUGAGCCAUUACUUUGUAGCUUGAUAUUUGAAUAUUGAACAACUAUUAAUAAUGUUUCUAUUAGUUAUCAUUUCGAAAUUUACCAGUAAACAUUAUUUUUCUAUCCAAUCGAAAUAACAUUUUUCAGCUAUUUCAAUAGGGCUACUUCAAAGUUUUAUUUAAACUAGUAGUGUUUCAAAGAAAAUAGAUUACUUGUAUUUUUCUGUAAUAAAGCAUGUUCUAUUUAUGGACUAAUAGCCUACUUUAAAGAAAUUAAGUUGGCAUAACAAUUAAUGAAUCAUCUUAAAUUAUAAUUUUUCUUCAACAGUUCAAUACGGUAUUUACUAUUCGACUCUUGCUGUGGAAUAAAUCUCUGGAUAUUAUCUUUUAGAUUAGGUUUUGUAUAACAUACAAUAUGAGUCCAAAAGAGUGGUUGCAUUAAUUUAAAUUAAACCUUUGUAAACUUAUUGAACCCAAAGAAAUGUUAUUUUUGAAUCUUGUUGAUACUUUUGUGAGUCCUCUUUUGUUUUAUUUUUAAUAAAAUAUCUGCUCAAUUAUGUACAUUUUUCUUGAAUUCCAUAGAAUUGGUUUGUACUUUAUUUUUUCCAAUAUUUGUAUGUAUUUAAAUUUCUCUAUCAUCAUUCAAUGAACUCCUAAUGAUUUUUUGUAUCUUCUUAAUUAGGGGAUUUUAUUAAUUAUUGCAUCAAUGUGAAAGGAUUUCUAGAGAAAUCUAGAAGAAAUUAACCCGAUAUGAUGAUUGUUUUAAUGCGUAGUACAGAAUACAGAAUCUUCAACUAAUACUCUUUUUCUUGACAAAUAUCAUUUUCAACAAUUAUUGAUAAGAAAAAAAUGAUCUAUUCACUCUUUCGCUUUGAUUGUUCAUUGAUGGUAUUCUGAAAAAAUGAUGACUUUCAAUCUUUUAAAAAUUUAUCUUAAUUGCUAAUAAUUAAUCAAUUUGUUUAUAAUCUAUUUGUGCAUCUGAAACAGGCUUUAAUCAAUAAUCAUUAUAAUUAUUAUUUUUUAGUAAUUUCGCUUGAAAAAUGUAUCAAUAAAUGAAGUAAGUUUUUGAUAUGUAGUCUUCUAAUUGCUUGCAAAAUGGCAAAUGACAUGAAAAUCAUUCAAUCAUUGAGUGACAACAUAGGUUAAAAUGAAACAAUAAUAUUGUCAUAUUUUCUUUUUUACCUAAAAAAAACUAUGAGGAAUUUCAUAGUUUCUCUACAAAUGUUUUGUUCUCACGUUCACUUCAAUCACUUUAAAAAAAUGAGGUGGCAAAUUUAAGUUUAGUGCAUACACCUGCUAUCCAAGAAAAAGUAUUCUUAUUUUCGCUUAGCAGUCUUCGCAUGGCUUUUAAAACUACUUUCUUUUGAAGUUUUCUUCGGUUAGAUAAUUGAAUAUUUUGUACCGUAUUAAAGUCUAUGUAAAGUUCUUCAAAUGUAGCGAUAGGCUAUAUCUGAAGCUUAUAAUAUAAUUCUCUAUAACUUCUCCAUCUCAUUUUUCCUUAUUUCAAAAUCUAUUAAAAUUUAUACAAUCAAAUAGAUGAAGUGGCAAACCCACAUCCGGUUGCAUAAAAGUCUGUAAACUUUUAAUCCAGAUAGAAUUCCACGAGAGCCAAUCAGAAAAAUCUUUAAUUGUUUCUGUGAAAUAUAAUCAUGUUUAAAAUGUAACAGGCUUUUGUGCAACCGGCCCCCUGUCUGAAAUUCAAAUGACCAAUGUUUUUUCUUACGUUUUCAGAGAGAAAAAAGUGACAAUAUCUUUGUAAUCUUGGUCGGUUCAAUAUAGCGCACUCUCGUAUAAUUUAUUGAGUUAAGAUCCUCUAACUUGCUGUAGUUUAAAAAAAUACAUUUAUUAUUUGAAUGAUCUAUAAUUAAUUAUUAUUAUUCAAAUUAUUUAUAGUUGAAAAAAUUACAGAUUAAAUACUUUCAUUAUGUGUGCAGCACCUUGAAAUCACGUCAGCAAUUUAGUAUACCUGUGAAUCUUCCCUCAAUUUUCAUCUACUGUAAUGGAAUACUGUCCAAAAUAAUGUUAGUUCAAAUAACAUUUUUUCAAGCACCAUUGAAAGAUCUCUUAAGUGCAAAUAAAUUGUAUAUUGAUGUAAAUCUUUCGUUGAUAAAUUGAUGUCAGAUUGUAGAAUACUAGGUAUUAAUAGAGGCACUCAUUAAUUUCGAUAUUAUUGUAAUGAAGAAUUUAUUAAUAAAUGUUCUUAAUUUAUUUAUAAUAUUAAGGACUAAUGAAUUCUAGUUCAUUUUGUCACUGUGAUAUGAUCUUGCUGCUAAUUUAGAUGUCUUGAUGUGUAACUUAUAGCCUAUAGUAAAAAGCAAUAAUUAACUUUUUAUUAUAACUGAUGGGUGUUCUUCGUUUCUUGAAAGAGAUGUUUCGUUUUGUUACUUGUUAUAACAAUGAUUGGUAAAAUAAAA